GCUAAUAUUAUCAAAAGUUACCUUGGCAACUAAUAAAAUGGAAUGUGCAGUUUAUUCAUACACUAUAUGGUCGCAUAAUAAUGAACAUUCUUGCAAAGAUGGAUACGGAUUUACAGUAAGAUAUCUUUUUGUGAAUAAACGACGCCGAUCACACUCACUUCAAUUCACAAGUGGAAUGUAAACAAAAGAAGAAUUGUACACAGGCAAUACCUUUUGUUAAGCACCGAAGCGUGAAGGUACAUCUGGUAUACGGUCCUUAGUUACAGGUACAGGGAGGGAACCGCGAAAGUGACAGCCAUAAAAAUCUAGUGAGGGCCCAGUCAAAAUGGAGGAAGAGGAAAUUGAUAUCACGAAAGUUGUAGUUCAAAAAGGGGUUUUACCUCUUUCAGCCCAAAGUGCAUUUUCUGCAAUACCGACCAGCAGGCACGAGUCACGUCAACUGACUUAUUUCAACAACGAGAAAAUAGAACGAAGCAACUCCAUUUAUGAUAGACUUUUCAAAGCAGAAAGAUCAUAUAACAACAAACUGCACAGAGACGACAGAGAGCAUGCGAAAAGCAGAGGAUUGACAGUAAAUAAUGAGGAAUUCAACAAGCCAUUCCCGAGUCUGAUGUCUACGGCAUACGGUCAUAGACUCAAAUAUGCCGUGGAUCACCCUGAUCGAGCACACGUCAGAAUAAUAAAGACCAGAGAAUUCUUGCGGAACAACGGAAUUGUCAGUUCUGCGGAAGCUGGCUAUGGAAACGUUGUUCCAACAUGAAAUUACUGUGCACAUAUAUUUUAAAGUUGAUUUAUUAUUUUAAAAUUUAAUUUAAUUUUUGUAUAUAUAUUCACAUAAAUGCCAAUCUAUAUUCACGGUAGAAAUAUAAAAAAAAAACAUAAUGAAGCUUUUGAGAAUAAGCCUUUUUCAUUUCUCCAAAUACGUUUCUACUUUUGUACACAAGUCGCUCAGGAAAAGUUCAACGUCGUGCAAGCAGAUUUCAA